GUCUCUUCUACUCCGCCAAGACACGCACUGCACCGAUGACUUCUCUCUUUGACUUGUCCGGCAAGGUGGCCCUCGUCACCGGCUCGACGCAAGGCCUCGGACUCGCCAUCGCCACCGGUCUCGCCGAGCACGGCGCCAAACUCGUCGUGAACGGGCGGGAGGCCAAAAAGUGCGACGAGGUGGUCGCCCAGCUGCGCGCGGAGAAGCACAUUGAUGCCGUGGCGGUGGCCUUUGAUGUCAGCAACGCCGAAGAGGUGCGCCGCGGAAUCGCCCGCAUUGAGGAGGAGGUGGGCCCCAUCGACAUCCUCGUCAACAACGCCGGGAUGCAGCGCCGGCAUCCUUUUCUAGAGUUCCCAGAGGCUGACUGGGACACGUUGGUGUCGGUCAACGAGAAUUCGGUCUUUCUUGUGUCACAGGCGGUGGGCCAGCACAUGAAGGAGCGCCAGCGAGGCAAGAUCAUCAACGUCUGUUCUAUGCAGAGUGAACUCGGUCGCGACAACAUUACGCCGUACGCUGCCACGAAAGGUGCGGUGAAGAUGCUCACAAAAGGCAUGUGCGUGGAACUGGCCCGCUACAACAUCCAGGUGAACGGCAUCGGCCCCGGCUGGUUUGAUACGGCUAUUCUGGCCGAGUUCCUGAAGAAUGAGGGCUGUCGCACGUGGCUGUCUCAGCGUACCCCCGCUGGUCGCUGUGGCCAGCCGCAUGACCUGGCCGGUGCGGCGGUGUUCCUCGCCUCUGCCGCGUCAGACUUCGGCAACGGGCACAUGCUCUACGUGCACGGCGGGUUUCUGGCGAAGAUGUAG